AUGGUCCGCCCUGAUAGGAAGGACUGGAGUUCAAGAUUGGAAGAUACUUUAUGGGCAUACAGGACCGCUUACAAGACACCUAUAGGGAUGUCUCCCUAUAGGUUGAUAUUUGGUAAGCCUUGUCAUCUUCCCGUGGAGUUCGAGCAUAAAGCAUUUUGGGCGGUUAAGCAAUGCAAUAUGGAUAUUGAGGAGGGCGAAAUUCAAAGGAAGUUACAGUUACAGGAGUUGGAGGAGAUUCGCAAUGAAGCCUAUGAGAAUGCGGUAAUUUAUAAGGAGAAAAAUAAGAUUUUUCAUGACCAACAGAUCUCUAGGAAGACGUUUGAAUGUGGGCAAAAAGUUCUACUGUACCACUCGAAGUUGAAGUUAUUUCCAGUGGAGAUCCAGAGUCUAAGGACGGAGAAAAAAUUUGUGGUGAAUGGUCAUCGUCUCAAGCCAUAUUAUGAUGGGGCUCCAGUUGAGCGGGUGGAGACGAUGCAUUUGGAGAACCCAAUUUGUUUGGGUUAA